GUUUUGGCACUUGGUCAGACUGCAAUGAGCGCAAUAAAAGCAAUGGACCGCCCAACCAGCUUGUCGUCUGCUUUGUAUCUCGUUUGGAGACUCUGCUCCACGGGACAGUCCAGCGAAUGUGAAAAGCGCUGUUUUUGGCAUACAUUUUGUGUUGACAAAGAGCUCGGUAUGAUGACGUCAGUUCCCGCAGCACUCAGGAACAAACUACGCAGAUAAAAAGAACAAUGGGCACGGAGGUGGAAGAGCACCGCGGAAACGGCACCCUCCCCAAGGGCGUCUAUCGCUCUCGCAUCCCCUAUUGGCGUAUGCUGAUCGAUCAAGGUGCCAUCAAUGAAGAGAUCCUGGACUUUGAGUACCCCGGCAGUGGCACCGAGGAGGAUCCUUAUGUGGUCUCCUGGAUUCCCAAUGAUUGUCGCAAUCCGAUGCUGUUCAGCACCGCCCGCAAGAUCACCAUCACUCUGAUCGUCGCCUUUUCCACCCUUACGGUCUCUCUGACAUCAUCCACCUAUAGCGGCAGCACCAAAGAGAUUGUUGAGGAUCUCCAUGUCAGCAGCGAAGUAGCCACCAUCGGCCUGGCCCUGUUCGUGCUGGGAUUCGCGGUCGGCCCAAUCUUCUGGGCCCCGGUGAGCGAAGUGUUCGGCCGCCAAACCCCGUUUAUGGUGAGUUUCUUCGCCAUGACGGCCUUCUCCGCGGGAUGUGCUGGAGCACAAAACAUCUGGACGCUGUGUAUCCUGCGAUUUUUUGCUGGUUCGUUUGGGUCGUCACCGUUUACCAAUGCGGGGGGCACCAUUUCGGACAUGUUUGCCGCCCGCCAACGCGGCUUAGCCCUAAGUCUGUACGCCGCCGCCCCCUUCCUCGGGCCAGCGCUGGGGCCCAUCAUCGGCGGCUUCUUGGGCAUGUCUGCCGGCUGGCGCUGGGUGGAGGGCUUUUUAGCGCUUUUGGCUGCCUUGGUCUGGGUGCUGUUGGCGCUCUUCAUCCCGGAGACCUACGCCCCCGUGCUCCUGCGCCAACGCGCCCUGCGACUGUCGGCUCUGACCGGACGGGUCUACCGCAGCAAAAUCGAGCUGGACAAGGGCCGAGUUUCGCUCCUCCGACUGCUGAAGAACACCCUCUCGCGACCGUGGGUGCUUCUCUUCCGCGAGCCUAUCGUCCUGCUCUUCGCCCUCUAUGUCGCCAUCGUCUACGGCACCCUGUACAUGUUCUUCUCCGCUUUCCCGAUCGUCUACGAGGACAUCCGCGGCUGGAACCCGGGCGUGGGUGGCCUCGCCUUCCUGGGCAUCAUGGUAGGCAUGAUCCUCGGCAUCUGCGUCACGAUCCCGGCGAACCUCCAUUUCAUCAGCGUUCAAGACCGGCACGGCGGGUUCGCGCCCCCCGAGGCCCGCCUCGUGCAGUGCAUGCCCGGCGCGCUCGCCAUCCCUAUCAGCCAGUUCUGGUUCGCCUGGACCGAUGGCCCCUCCAUCCACUGGAGCGUCAGCAUCGUCGCGACCGCCCCCUUCGGCUUCGGCGUCAUCCUGAUCUAUCUGGGGGUGAUGAACUACCUCAUCGACUCGUACACCAUCUACGCCGCCUCGGUGCUGGCCGCCAACACGGUCCUGCGGUCUGUUUUCGGGGCCGUCUUCCCCAUCCUCGCCCCCUACAUGUACCGCGGCGCGGGCAUCCACUGGGCUGCCUCCAUCUCGGCGUUCCUGUCGCUGCUGUGCAUGCCGGCUCCGUUUCUGUUUUAUCGGUAUGGGGCGGCGAUCCGCAGAAAGUGCAAGUUCGCGGCCGAGUCGGAUCGCUAUCUGCGCUCGCUGCAGGAGCAUGCGGCGAAAAAGGCCCAGGUGGUCGAGACGCAGCGGCCGUGUCGUGCAUGCAUUGUCUGA